UUCUGAAAUUAUUUCAGGUCUCUGUGCUUUGUUUGUCCUUGAUGGAUCAUUAACUAAAAAGAACUAAUCUUUAUUGUCGGGCGAACGCAUCAGAGCUGAAAGGCGCUCCAUAAGGUGGUAUGUGUCAGUGAUCCGCUGACAGCUGAAGGGGGAAAACUGGAGCAGUGGAGGACUGAAACCUGGAAAUCUUUGGAUACAUCUGUUCAUUGUUGAAGGUUUGAAGGGAGACUUUGAUUGAUUCAGAGACUUUAAAUAUAUCUGAGUAUUGGUAGAUGAAUCUUUUUUUUGCCAUUUUAGGAAGAUAUCUUUGCCUUUGUUAAUUGUAUAUCCAUCACUGGACUAAAAGCAAGCUUGUUAAACAUUAGGACCCCCUCAUGAAAUAGAAAUACAGCAGUAUCUAAGCAACCGUGUUCUUAACUAAACGUUGGAGAGCAUCGCUCGAAGAACUUUUAACCAUUUGUGUAAUCAACCAUGACUGGAACAGGUGGCUCAGUGGCCAACUUCUCCGUCUGGGAUUAUGUUGUGUUUGCCGCAACAAUUCUGGCCUCCGCCGGUGUCGGCCUCUUCCAAGCCAUCCGGAGUCGCAAGGACACCAGCAGUGCUGAAUUUUUGUUAGGUGGGCGACAAAUGACAGCUGUGCCAGUUGCUAUGUCCCUCACAGCCAGCUUCAUGUCUGGCAUCACCGUCAUCGGCACACCAGCUGAAGCCUACCGGUUCGGCAUCGCCUUCUGGACCUUUGGCUUCUCGUACGCCAUCAUGUCUAUCGCCACUGCUGAACUCUUCGUUCCACUUUUCUACCGUUUGGGGAUCACCAGUGCCUAUGAGUACUUGGAAAUGCGCUUCAGCCGGCCAAUUCGGCUGAUUGGAACAUCACUGUUCAUCGUACAAACGGCUCUGUACACCGGUUUAGUCAUCUAUGCUCCAGCUCUUGCACUUAACCAAAUCACUCAACUGGAUCUGUGGGGAGUGCUGGUGGCUACCGGGGCAGUGUGCAUCCUCUACUGUACAUUGGGUGGUCUGAAAGCAGUCAUUUGGACAGAUGUGAUGCAGAUGGUGAUUAUGCUGGCAGGAUUUGUAGCAGUUAUAGCUAGAGGAGCUGUACUACAGGGAGGCCUGGGCAAGAUUUGGGAAGAUGCUGAAAUAGGAGGCCGACUAGAGGCCUUUGACUUUGACCCAGAUCCUCGGAAGCGACACUCUUUCUGGACCAUAGUGGUUGGUGGCAGCAUAAUGUGGUGUUCUAUCUACUCAAUCAAUCAGUCCCAGGUGCAACGCUACAUCGCCUGCAAAACCUUAGGACAUGCCAAGAUGUCUUUGUAUGUGAACAUGGUUGGCUUGUGGGUAACAGUGAGUCUGGCUAUGUUUUCUGGCCUCACCAUGUACUCCAUUUACAAAAACUGUGACCCACUUUUGAAUGGUGAUAUAAGUACCUCAGACCAGCUGCUACCCUACCUUGUGAUGGACAUUCUGGCUGCGUACCCGGGAAUCCCUGGCUUGUUUGUGGCAGCAGCGUACAGCGGUACCCUGAGCACAGUAUCCUCCAGCAUUAACGCUCUAGUUGCCGUCACUGUAGAAGACUUUAUUUUUCCGAUCUGGAAAGACCUCACACCAAAACAAGUGACCUGGCUGAACAUGGGCCUGAGUGUAUUCUUUGGAGGGCUGUGCAUUGGAAUGGCUGGAGUUGCUUCAGCGAUGGGAAGCGUUCUGCAGGCAGCUCUGUCCAUAUUUGGAAUGAUCAGUGGCCCUCUUCUUGGACUCUAUUUAUUAGGCAUGUUUUUCCGCACAACAAAUUCAAUAGGAGGGCUUGUGGGAAUGAUGAUCGGUCUGGCGUUGACUCUGUGGGUGGGGAUUGGAUCCCAGCUCUACCCAGCAACAGACGACAUGACAAACCCACUCCCACUCAGCACUGCAGGUUGCAACAACACGGGUACAGACUCCACGACAGCGACUCCCUGGACCAGUUCAGGGCCUCUGACCACACAGCUCGAUCACAGGCCACCAUUAGCAGACACCUGGUACUCGCUGUCCUAUCUCUACUUUUCUCUCUUUGGCAUGCUGACCACAAUGGUGUCUGGCUUAGUGGUGAGCAUAAUCACAGGUGGAUGCAAGCAAAAGAAGAUGAACUCUGAUCUGUUUGUGAGGAGGAAGGAUUUGAUAUGCUUCACCUGUUUCCAGGAUUCAAAGGAACCACAUGACACAGAAAAGGAUGUAGCAGACCUCCACAUGGGAGUUGACAACUCAGCAUUUACAGACUUUGAUGUGAUGAGCAAAGAACCUGAAAAAGCCACAAAACUGUAACGCUGGUAGCAAGUUAUGGUUAUUUUCUAAAAACAAGCAUCUGUAACUUCA